CUCGGCCGGGGUGGAAGUUCAGUCGGAAACUUCAAACUUACGACCCAAAAAAGACCAGACAUCUUCAGCCCACACUUUUGCCUUUUUUGGCCCAUUUCAUCAUCAUCACAAGACGGACUGGGACGAGCAACAAUUUGGCUUUUCUCGUGGCGGAUCCAACCAUUCAAUCAAUCGGACUAUUUCGAAACGAUAAUCAACGGGCGUUUCUCUCCACACCUUCGCAACUGGCAGACAUUGGCAGGUCACAUCACCUCAUCUCACUUUGAAUCUCACAGACAUAUAUCAAAUACAACCACAGACAGUGUACGCCCCUCCAACUCAACUCCAACACCAACCUACCCUGAUCCCUGGCACCAGUCAUCAUAUUUGACAUUCCCAUCCUUUCUCUCCUCCACUCGUCUUCCUUCCCAGCUGACCGAGAACGAAGCUGUUUCACAGGCUUCGGGCCUCCUUCUUUCCCCAGUUCAAGUGUAUGCUGUGUCCACACACUACGGUGGGAUAAACGUCAGAUUUCGAGUUAAUCGCGAGACGUCCACAGCAGACUUGCAAUUUGAUCUGCAGCAAUCGUCAACAUGUUUGCACCAACACGACGGUUAUUUCAAAAGGUCCAACCAUGUCGGAUCACCCUCUUCUCCCGCGAUGAGUGCGGCUUGUGCGUGCGGGCCAAAUCGGCACUCUCCAACGUUUGGGAUCGCCGGCCUUUUGCUUACACGGAGGUCGUCAUCACGAAGCCAGAGAACAAGAAGUGGAGGGACCUUUACGAUUUCGACGUGCCCGUGAUCCACAUUAGCAAAGCCGAGGCCCCUGAGGAGGAUGUCAAACUCGUGGGCAAAGCUGUCAAGCUCAUGCAUCGAUUCGACCCAGAUCAGAUCGAAGCCAAGAUGGAUCAAGUAGAGGGAGGAAAGUAA